AUGCCGUCGACGGAGGCGGAGCUGCGCGCGCUGGACCGGCAGAUCGCCGACCUGAUGCAGCAGAAGGCGGCGGUGCAGGCGCGGCUGGAGCGCGAGGCCGGCGGCGCGCGCGCCAAGCAGAUGAGCGCCGAGGUGGUGGACAGCAACCCGUACAGCCGCCUCAUGGCGCUCAAGCGUAUGGGCAUCGUGGACAACUACGAGAAGAUCCGCGACUUCUCGGUGCUCAUCGUGGGCCUGGGCGGCAUCGGCUCCGUGGCGGCCGAGAUGCUCACGCGCUGCGGCAUCGGCAAGCUCAUCAUGUACGACUACGACACGGUGGAGAUCGCCAACAUGAACCGCCUCUUCUUCCGCCCGGAGCAGGCGGGCAUGACCAAGACGGCAGCGGCCAAGCAGACGCUGCACAGUAUCAACCCGGACGUGAUCUUCGAGGAGUACACGAUGGACAUCACGACGACGGCCAACUUCGAGCAGCUGCUGGACCGGAUGCAGCACGGUGGCGUGGACGGCAAGAGCAAGAUCGACUUGGUGCUGAGCUGCGUGGACAACUACGCGGCGCGCACGGCGCUCAACCAGGCGUGCAACGAGCUCAACCAGGAGUGGUUGGAGUCGGGCGUGUCGGAGGACGCCGUCUCGGGCCACAUCCAGUUCCUGCUGCCCGGACGCACGGCGUGCUUCGAGUGCCUACCUCCACUGAUCGUAGCCAGCGGCAUUGACGAGUCCACGCUCAAGCGCGAGGGCGUGUGCGCGGCCUCGCUGCCCACGACCAUGGGGCUAGUCGCUGCCAUGCUGGUGCAGAAUGUGCUCAAGUACCUGCUGGGCUUCGGCCAGGUGUCGUACUACCUGGGCUACAGCGCCAUGAAUGAUUUCUUCCCGUCGGACGUGAUGCGUCCGAACCCGGAGUGCUCAAACGUGCAGUGCCGCAAGCAGCAGGCUGUGCCUGAGCACGCUGGCUGGACGCCGAUGGUCUGGAAGGCACUUGGCUACGGCGGAAAGGAGAACCUGGUCGUGGAGCACGAAGACAACGAGUGGGGGAUUGAGCUCGGCGGUGACGACGAAGCUGUUGGCUUGGGUGUUACGGAAGCUCCUGCCGCCGCUGAGACCUCGAAGCUGGCCUCGGGACUCUCGUUUGCGUACGACCAGCCUUCUACGGCUCCGGCCGCUGCUGCGGAGGAGGACAACUCGGCGUCAGUAUCGGACGCGGACGUUAGCCUGGAGGACCUCAUGGGACAGCUCAAGUCUCUUUAG